UUCCAUAGGUAAGGGCUGGACAGCCAUAAAGUCAAGAUCAGGAAGUAAUGUAUGCUUGAAUAAUUGCCACUGCAGGUUGCAUACGUAUGUCGACUUUUAAACAACAAAUUCGAUAGGCAUUAUUCUUGUGAUGGAGAGAGACGCCUCGACAAUCACGGCUCUUAAAGCUCUUGGAUAUAACAGCAUUCGCUGUGUGAGACGGUGUGAGUGUGACGAAUUGCCGUGCCCGCUGCUUUCCUGGCUGGUCUCGGAGCUGAGAAGUUAUUGUCCUGAAGCUGAAGGAGCGUGCUGCAAUAGUGGCGCGAUCCUGGCAGGGGAGUUAAAAGAUGUGCUUAAUGUGAUGUUAUACCCUUACGGCACGCUCACGUCUGAGACGCUGACCCCGAUUCAUCUCAGAAGAGUUACAGAGUUCCUGGUGUCCGAGUUGCAGGCGGGACGUCUGCUGAAAUGGAAAGAGAGCCACCCCGAGGAUGCCAAGCAACGAAGCGAAUCGAGCAAAGAACAGAGACAGAGGGAAUGUAAUAUAAUAGACGAUGGGGAAGCGGUUCAAGCAGAGGGCUGUAAAAAAGAUGAGAAAGAGGUCAGGAGGGAAUUGACACAGUUGUUUCAGGCCCUAGAUAUGGAUCCAGCCUCUAAGCUCAGCGACGCAUACUCACAGGUGGAGUCACGGCUAGAAUCUCUCCCGGAGAGUGAAGUGCAAGAGCCACUGCUAAAGGCUAAUCUGAAUUCAUCACAGUGGACUAAACUCCAGACGAUUAACCGAGCCCUGCGCAAAGAUUACGAGUGUAGACGCCAGAUGAUGCUUAAGCGCUUCCGGGUCACACUCCAGUCCUUUGUGUGGGGAGAGCGGGGAAAGGAACGCAGCGCUCUGCUGUCAACAGUACCUCCCUUUUCGGCAUCACCGGAAUCCUCCGUCUCCAUCGCCCUGUUGCUGGCGGCCAGGCAGGACCAGUCCCGCAUCCUGCCGGUGAGAGCAGGACCCUCGACCACCGUCCACAAGGUGCUAAUGGGCUGCGUGCCGGACAGAGGGGGGCGGCCUGGAGAGAUUGAGCCCCCCAUGCCGGCCUUCAGCCGCCGCAGUGAAGGUGGGCGCGAAAAAAGCAAGUUCCACAGACGGGCGUAUGCCGGAAAAAAGAAGAAAAAUAAGGACAGCUAGCACUUGUAGGGGCCCCACAAAAUGUUAAAGGGCAAAUGUAUGCAAACAAUUGCUAAUGAUUAUUAAAAGUAGUACCACGUUAACAUUUUAGGGUGACGCAUUGCUUUAAUGAUUAAGAAUAUUUGCAGGAGGGAGAUUGUUGGUUCCUAGUCUGGAGAAGUUUAUACAGCUGUUGUUUUGGAACACUAAUUUAAAGUUCUAACACAUGAUAGUUUGCACUAUAAAAAAAAAAA